GGCUGGGCUUUGCAACAGCACGUGACCCAGAGGAGAACUAGCAGCCGACUCUAGAGUAUCCAUGGAGUAUCCUGGAACCAAACCCCAAAAGCCCACUGGGUUGAAGUGGUCUGAUGUGUAACUUAUAUUGCAGACAGGAUGAAAUAUGGAGAAACAGAAUGGUUUCCAGUCAGCAAGAGAGUCGAGGUCUUUUGCACAAUGUCUGCUGUCUACCUUUAGGCUUGAUGAAGUGUCCUUUGUUUUUCUUCAUUGUCUGUGGUCCACAACAUGCAACACCACAGUUUGCUAGCUCUGAGGGGUCACAAAAUGCACCAGCUUAUAGUGAGGACAUACUGUUCUCCAGCCUCCAAAAAGCCUGAGGCUACCGCAGCAAUGGAAAUAGCUACAAAUUUUCUUCGCCGCCUGUCUGAAGCAGGAAAGGUUUUGGGAAGAAACUCACUUCAGAGAAUCUCUGCAGUCAGCAGAAGCUGGUGGGACAAAUAUGAAGAAUUUGUUGGACUCAACGAAGUCCGAGAAGCUCAAGGGAACGUGACUGAGGCUGAGAAAAGGUUUAUGGUUGCUCGUGGGAUUGUACGAGAAGCUCGUGAAACUUGGGAGGCCCAGCAGCUCAAACUGAAGGAAAUUCGAGACCGUUUAGACCGGGUUUCGCGAGAUGAUUCUCAGUACCUGGAACUGGCAACUUUGGAGCACAGGUUAUUGCAGGAAGAGAAGAGGUACCGAACUACCUAUCUCACUGCUGAGCAAUCUGAGCGAGAAGCGUUCUCUCUUUUCUCCGCUGCUGUGCGGGAAAGCCAUGAAAAAGAGCGAACAAGAGCAGAGAAAACAAAGAACUGGUCUAUUAUUGGCUCAGUACUGGGUGCCAUAAUUGGGGUGCUGGGCUCCACUUAUGUCAACCGAGUUAGGCUGCAAGAGUUAAAAGCGUUAGUUUUUGAAGCACAAAAAGGACCCAUAAGCCUUCAGGAAGCCAUCAGAGAACAGGCCUCCAGCUAUAAUUCCCAGCAGAGGGAUCUAAGUGACCUCAUUGCCAACCUGAGGAACAUCCUACAAGUUUUGACUGUGACAUCACAGGAAAUGGAAGGAGCUUCCGUGGCCAAAAGCAGCACAAGCGCAUCACUAAAAAUAGACCCUCUCCUAGUUUCCAUUAAGGAGCAGCUGAGCUACUCUAAACAUAUAAGCUCAUUCCUUGGAAGCUUGCAACAGCAGCUUAGCAAGUUGGAAAAAAGCGUAGGACAAAUCACCGCUGAGGUACAGAAUGUAAAGAAUAUACCUCAGCCCACACCUAAGGGGGAAUUAUUACGUAGCCCUCUGAGAGAAGGGACCAGCCAGGCCUUUGAGGCAGAGGAUGUGGUGCUAGAACUGUGCAACACAGAAAGAAGGCUGGAAACACAAAUGAAAUGGAACUCGAUCUAUAGCACAGCCUUCACAUGUACGGCAUUCGCUGUCACCCUUCCUGUGUUAUACAUCCUGCUCAAAGGAAAUUAGCCAACAGCUUGGCAGAAAAAUAAUUUGUUAGACUAGUAAAGUAAUAAAAUGACAUUCCCUGA